AUUCAAUUCCAAUUUCUUCUUGAUGGGAACAGAACUAAUACUCCAUUCACAAAGCCACCCCCAAUAUAAUUACAAUUACAGACUCAUGGUCUCCUCCAAACUCAGACCCGUUUCUGCAAACACGUACUCUACAUUUACGAGCAGACUUGUAAGUACAAGUAUAGCAGCAGGGAUUAGGGCCACUAAGGUCUCGAAUGCUGCCCAAUUCAAGCAAAACUGGCUCGAUUCUCUUACUUACCCUUCUCUUCAAACUCCAACCCAAACACUUGAUGAUUCUAAAUGGGUUCUGGGUAUCGACCCGGAUCUUUCUGGUGCAUUAGCCGUCUUGAAAACCGACCACACCGGUUCCUCGGCUCAGGUAUUUGAUACUCCACACUUGCCAGUUUUAGUUGGUGGUAGAGUUCGAAAACGUUUGGAUGCCAAGUCUAUUGUUCAGUUGCUUCAUAGCUUAGAUGCUCCAAUUGGAAUGACUGCAUAUAUAGAGCAAUCAACCCCUUAUCCAAAAGAUGGGAAACAGGGUUGGUGGAGUGGAGGAUAUGGAUAUGGCUUAUGGAUUGGGAUAUUGGUUGCCUCUGGCUUUUCUGUAGUUCCAGUAACACCUGUGAUGUGGAAGAAUGAGUUUAAACUCCUGGGAGGCACUGCCGUGAAGGAUGACAGUAGGAGGCUUGCUUCAACAUUGUUUCCAUCUUUGAGUUCCCUACUGAAACGGAAAAAGGAUCAUGGAAGGGCUGAGGCUCUUCUGAUUGCUGCAUACGGUAAAGGUUUGAAAUUAGAUUCAUCAAGUCUCUCUACGGAAUUGGUUCCUUCAAAUGAGGAAGUUAUCAUAUCAAACGAUGUGACAACUUCGAAAGAAUGAACUGCUAACAUUAAACUAGCUUCUUCAGUACAUAGACCUUGAUUUGCUUUCAGCUUCUGAACAUCAGCAGGGUGUAAAGGGAUGAAUUAUUUCAGGAGAAUUAGAGCAAGAGAUGCAAGUAACAAGAACAGGGUGUUGAGAAUGGCUAUAAAUUAUGACCAUUAUUCACCGGACUUAUACUCAUUGUAGCUUUGAAAUCUUUGUGUAGUCUAGUUAUAGAAGAUGUAGAAUUUGUUGAAUUAACAUCAAUCUUUGAAAUGAAAUUAGAAAUACCCAUUUUGUACAUGUAAAAAUAAUGUUAAUAAAAUUUUUUUGUGCCUUUUAUAUAAA